AUGAACUCUUGUGAAGCAAGAGCUUCGAGCGACCCCUACUUCGAUCUAGGGACACUGAGUCGCAAAGUCAGCACCAAUUCGCAGGAAGCCCAGACAUGGUUUGACCGGGCGCUUGUCUGGACAUAUUGCUUCAACCACGAUGAAGCAAUUACCUGCUACAAGCAGGCGAUCGCGCACGACGAGAACUGCGCAAUGGCGUAUUGGGGGAUAUCCUUCUGCUCCGGUUCCAAUUACAACAAAACGUGGGCACUGUUCGACGAACGGGAUCGGAUCAAUGCAAUCAAACAGUGUUAUCUAUACUCUCAAGAAGCUCUGGCGCGGGCAGUGAACGCGGCAGAGUGGGAGCAGGCUCUCAUCAACGCGCUUGCGAAGCGGUACCCAAAUGAUAAUCCAACCAGGGAUCUUGCGGCGUGUAGUAGAUCAUACGCCGACGCUAUGCGGGAAGUGUAUGUGAAUUUCGGCAAGGAGGAUUUUGACAUCAUUACACUCUUCGCAGAUGCAUUGAUGAAUUGUGCGCCACGGAAGUUGUACGACGCUUCUACGGGUCUGCCCAUCGCAUCUUCCCCGGUCUUUGAAGUCAAAGACCUGCUUGAUCGAGCGUUGAAGAUGCCGGGGGUCGACCAGCACCCAGGCCCCGCACAUAUGUAUAUCCAUCUGAUGGAAAUGUCGGCAACACCCGAAGCUGCGCUGCCGGCAGCAGAGAUGAUUCGCGAGAUGUUUCCUGAUACGGGGCAUACGUACCACAUGCCGGCGCAUAUCGAUGUCCUUGUGGGCGACUAUCGGCGGGCGGUGGAAUACAACUUCAAGGCGACGGUGGCAGACGACAAAUACUUUGAACAGAAUGGCGGUCUAACGUUCUACAGCUACUAUCGGCUACACGACUACCACUCGCUCAUCUACGCGGCGAUGCUGGGCGGGAAAUCAAAGGCAGCAUUGUCAGCGACGGAUCGAAUGGAGGCGACCAUUACAGAAGAAAUCCUCCGGGUCGAAACGCCUGCGCUCGCGAACUGGAUGGAGUUUUUCAAGGCGGUGAGAGUACAUGUGCUGAUUCGUUUUGGAAUGUGGGAAGAACUCAAGAAACUCGACCCACUGGAAGAUAAGGAGCUGUAUUGUGUCACCAAUGUGAUGAGACAUUAUGGCAAGAGCAUCGCGUAUGCAGCCACAGCGCAGCUCGAGGAAGCCGACGCCGAACGAGAGCUCUUCCACGCGGCUUCUACGCUUGUGCCGCCCACACGCCUCGACUUCCCGAACAAAAUUACCGAUAUUCUCAAAGUCGCGUCAGCAAUGCUGGAUGGCGAGAUUGAGUAUCGGCGCGGCGAUUACGAGACUGCCUUUCGCAGAUUACGCGAUGCAGUUAGGCUAGAAGACGAGCUACCUUUCGCAGAGCCGUGGGGAUGGAUGCUUCCGGCACGGCAUGCAUAUGCAGCGCUCUCGUUGGAACAAGGCGAGGUUGAGCAGGCAGCGCAAGCUUAUGCUGAGGAUUUGGGGCUUGAUCCAACACCCAAGCGUGCGCAUCAACACCCGAAUAACGUCUGGGCUUUGCACGGCUAUCACGAGUGUCUUCAGCUUUUGGGUCGUCAUGCGGAGGCAAAUAUUAUCAGGAAACAGCUUUCGCUUGCGCUGGUGGAGGCGGAUGUUGAAAUUACGUCUUCAUGCUUUUGUAGGCUUGGGAACUUGCCUUCGUGUGGAAAGCGUGGAAAGCCGAAGGUGAAUGGUUGUCAUUAA